AAGCAAAGCGGUGGUGGCUGUGUGGGCUGUGCACCUGUUUGAGCUGUUGGAAUUUUGUGUAUGGAGCCAUGAAUACGGUGCAGCGGAUUGUGCCUCAUCCAAUCCACGCUCUAGUGUUCUUCGGUUGGGUAUUAGCCGUACAGUUGACAGGCCUCGCGGCUUUCACCAAGGGCUUCUUCCUCACCCGCGUGGAGCUGGAACGUCAAUCGCAGUGUGAUAUCAAGUCGCUGCUAAGCCCGGGCGAACUCGAACACCUAUCGGACGUCGCGAUUCGACAACAGCACCAGCGGGGCGGAACGACUUCUGCCGAUACACAACAGCAGCAGCAGCAGCAGCAGCAGCAGCAGCAGGAACCGUUGGAUGGGUGCUGGCUGCCUCCACGUUUCAAGCGCGUGGUGUGGGUGGUUGUAGACGCGCUGCGGUACGAUUUCGCCGCGUUUUCGCCGCCGGACCAUGCCGGGGAGGUGCUCCAGGACAAGCCCCACUCUGCGGGCGCCAGGCACUACCUCAACCACCUCCCGGUGAUUAAUGAGGCCAUCGGCGGUGGCGCCGGCGCCGGCGGGAGCAACAACAACAACAACAACAACGACCCCUCGUCUUCUUCUGCUUUUGAGGGGUCCGGGGGUGUCCUGUUCCAGUUCGAGGCAGACCCCCCGACGGUCACAAUGCAGAGGCUGAAAGGCCUCACCACGGGAGGGCUGCCGACCUUCAUAGACUUCCGCGACAAUUUCCACAGCGCCCAGAUAGCGGAGGACAACUGGGUCGCGCAGGUGCGGGAGAGGGCGGCAAGGCGACGAGGAGCGAGCGGGGGCGUAAACGCCGCUAGCAGCAGAGGCGGCGGGAGCGGGGGUGGGGGCGAGCUCGUGUUCAUGGGGGACGAUACUUGGACGUCUCUGUACCCGACGUACUUCUCCCGCAGCUAUCCCUUCCCGUCGUUCAACACCAGAGACCUGCACACUGUAGACGACGGCGUGCUCUCCCAUCUGUCGACGGAGCUGGGCAAGCGCGACUGGGACGUCCUCGUGGCGCACUUCCUGGGCGUGGACCACGUGGGGCACACCUUCGGCCCGGCCUCUCAGGCCAUGGAGGACAAGCUCGACCAGAUGAACUCCGCCCUGAGGCACGUAUGGACGGUCUUCGAGGGCGUCGACGACGAAACGGUCGUGUUCGUGCUUGGCGACCACGGCAUGACGGAGGACGGCAACCACGGCGGUGCGACCCCCGAGGAGACCGGUGCCGCUCUGCUGGUGUGGAGCCGAUCCGGGGAGAGACUUCUCGGCCCGGCCUUUAACAACCGCCGCAACAGCAGGGGGGCGCCUUCUGGCGGACGGGAGAAGAACAGCGGUGCCACGGGCGGCGCAUCUUCCGAAACCCUCGCUGGUGCUGACGGGGGCUCGACGGACAGGAGGCAGGGAGGGCCCGCCCAGGGCCACGGAGAUUUGGCGGCGGGGGAAGAGGAAGGAAGCGAAGAAGAAGAUCAUUCUGGGCCAGUGCCAGCGGGAAGAAGGGUCGCCCAGAUCGACCUUGUUCCGACCAUCUCUUUGCUGCUGGGAACGCCGAUUCCUUUCGGGAGCCUGGGAGGGGUCAUCCCAGAGGUGUUCAGCGGUCCGUACUUGGACGGCGUGGGGAGCGGGGACGAUGAGCGCAGGCCCCGUUAUCUGGAGCGGUUGUGCGAUGCUCUUCUGGUCAACUCUCUGCAGGUGUGGAGAUACCUGAGCGACUAUGCCAGCGUGGCGUCGAUGCCGACGAGAGACAUGUUCGACCUAAAGGAGCUGCUUCUGGCGGCACGCGAAGCCCACACGGAGUGGAGACGACGACAGCAGCAGCAACGAAGUCACCAUGGGAGGGGGGCUCUUGAAGACGACGGCGACGCCUCCGUCUCUAGCGCGAGAGAGCUGCGCCGGGUGUGCGGUAUGUACCGAGAGUUCCUCGACGCCUCCAUCGGGCUCGGGCGAAGUCUGUGGACUCAGUACGACACGUCGCUCAUGUGGUGGGGGCUCGCGGUCCUGCUCAUCGCCGCCGCGGCGCUGGCCUUCCGAGCGGUCUCCUCGUCGAUGUCUUCUUCUCCGGCAUCCUCUAGGGAUUCAGGAGCGGCGGCGGUAGGCGCGGCGGCAAGCCUGGCGACAGCAAUCCUCACAGACCUGGUGUUCGGCUCCUCCGGUGCGCACGUCUUCGCCGCAAAGGUCGCCAUCUGUUCCAGCGUCGGCAUGUGCAUCCACUACGCGCAGGUCAUAGCCUCGGCCGGGAGUUGGACGGCGUCUGGUGCGGCUCCUCCGUCCUCUGCCGGCGUGAGAACGAUGACGGGGACUACUAAAGGAGGCGGUAAUUCCGUUGGCGUCGCCUUUACGACGGGCCUGUCGGCGCUGUACUGCGCCGGCCUGUUCAGCAACAGCUUCAUUGAGGCGGAGGACGGGCUCCACCGUUUCCUGGGCGCAUCCUCCCUCGUCUCCCUCGCCGUCUUGAUCCUCCUGGUGCCCUCUCCGCCGCCGCCCGCCGACUACGACUACGACGACAUACCAUCGUGGACGGCACGUGCGGUGAUAAAGAACACCGGCAGCAGCGACGGUAGUGGAUUCGCGAGUCCGAGAUGCGACGACCGGUUGGGUCUGCUUCUGGGGCUCUCCCCCAAGUCCACGGCGGCGCUGUACGCGGCCCUGGCCGCCGCGUGCCUGCGCGCCGCCGCCGCCGUGCAGGACUCGGCGGCGGAGGGAGGGGUUUCGACCGAGGCGGCCUUCGGGGUCUCCCGGUCCCUGCUGCCCCUUCCCGCGCUGUGGUAUCUCUGCCGGCUUGCACGCGGCGGCGGCGGCGGCGGCGGCAACGACGGUCUUACGUUGUGGGGGAGGGGGGCGGUUGAUGUGGCCAGCACGAGUGGUGCUCCUACGGCGGUGUCCUUGUCGGGUGGUGUGUUGGAAGCGGUCUCGGGGUGGGCUCGUCGGCGCUGCUCCCACGGGGCGGUGCAAGCCUUGAGCCUCGCGGCCAUCGGCACAUACUGGGUCAACGAGGUAGUGGUAGCCGCCGCCGCGGAAGCGGCGAAGGAGCACGGCAUGGGGGCACCGGUGGCGGCGGCUGGCGGGCUGUCACAAGGUGGAGCAGCGGGAGCGACGCUCUUUGGCUCGCUGCUGCCUCCCGGGAGGCUUCUCCUGCCACGGGCGACGUACCUGUUGUGCCUAGCCGGACUGGCGGUUGCGUUGCUGGGCCCGCAUGGGCGGCGGCGGCGGAAGCAGCAAGACCCGGUCCCCCAAAAGGGUGAAGAAGGGAGAACCUGCACGCCGCCUGGGUGGAACGGAUCGUCCUCGUCUUGGUCGUACGCGCAGUCGUUGGCAGGCACGGCGGCGACGGUGGUCUCCCACCUCCUUCCGGUGGUCGUGCUGCUGCUGGGACCGGGGUCGCCCGCCGUCGUGGCAUUCGUGUCGGCGGCGUGCGGCUGCGUAUUGGGGAGCGUCUCCGUUGUGGCGGCGGGUGGGACGACCGGCGGCGGCGGCGGCGGCGGUGCGGUUCUUCCGCUUGGCGCGGUGGCCGUCUCCUGGUCGGUCGUAGGACGCGCGUUUUUCUUCUUGACGGGACACCACAACCAAUUCAGCAGGCUUCAGUACUCGGCAGCCUUCGUCGGCUUCGAUGAGUUUGACUUCAAGGUCGGCGGCGUUCUGCUGUUCCUCAACACGUUCGGGACCGAGAUUCUCGCGGCCCUCGCGCUUCCGCUAGCGGCCGCCGCCACCGCCCCAAGCGGAGUGUCUCAGAAUGCAGCCCCGUCAGUGCUGCCCGGGGGUGUCAGCGGUAGCAGUGGGCCGAACGAACGGCAAGCGCUGUCUUCGCCGCCAUCACCUCGGCCGCACUCGGUGGCCGGCCGCUUGGGCGGGAACCGCCCCGACGACGCCAGCGAUGAUGCUGCGGUGGAGGCGGAGGCGGAGGCGGAGGCGCAGGCGGAGGCGCAGGCGGCCACGAGCAUCUUGUCGGCCAUGGAGCGGCUGUCGGGCCUCACCCUCCUGCUCAGCGCCUUCCGCACGUUCCUGUCCGCCGCCAACGUGUCGGUUCAGCGGGGACACCUCAUGCUGUGGGCGGUCUUCGCGCCCAAGUUCGUCUUCGACGCCACCAUGCAGGCCGUCUGCGGGGCCGCCGCCGUGCUCGCCUGGGCCGUUGUGGUCGUGGCGCACAGGGCGUACUGCUGUGAAGGGCGGGGGGCGGCGGGAGCAGGGUGUGGGCCGUCGCUGGGGAGAGCAGCGCGCCCUGCCUUGCCGCCUAGAAAAAAGGGGCGGUAGUCGUGGCAGCAGCAGCGCAUGCAUGUAUAUGUAGUUGUUUCAAGACUUGUAAUGGUUAUAUAUUUUUUGUGUACGCAGGAGUCGUAGCGCCAACUAAACCUGGAGAUUGUCUUUGUUCUUUUGGAAGUGACGGGUAGUUGAAGCAGCAUAUGCAGGCAGCUGUGGCAAGAAUCAAUUAUUUUGAUCCUGAAUAUGUCAGCAGCCAGAGCGCUAACUGGCCCUAUGAGAUUUUCUUGCGUGCUUUUUUUUAGGGCGGCAGCGCGGAUGUAGUGUAGCGCCACGGAGGGGGAGCGAGCGUGAUAUAGACUACGUACGUACGUACUAGAGUUGUGGGGAUGCAUGAGCAGGCGAGUAUCCUCACCUCUCUCGGUCGGAACGGAUGAGAGCGGCGGCAGGCAGAAUCCUGCCAUGUGUGCGGUACAGUGCGUACCGUUUUACCUUUGCCUGGAGGGAAAAAGACGAUACGGCAACCAGCUUCGCUCGGUCUCGGGGGUUGAUUUCUCCGUGUGUUCCCCCGUGUGUGUAGAGACAUCAGCUCAGGUCUUGAUUCUCUGAAAUAUAUCAAUAUUGAUUUCGUUCCAUGAAUAGGGGGAGAAAGGC